AUGAGCCAUUUUCCAGUGUGUCAAAUUCUCGCACCCAAAACUCGCGUAUUUGGUGUGUAUUCUAAGGGGCUCGUAAGGUCCCUAGGGUCCACUAGAGAUAUUAUUUCACUGGCAGUGCGCGCUAUAUUAACCGUCGGUCUCUCACACUCUCAUUAUUUUUCGCCUUUCUGCCGAUGUGCUUCACGCCAAACACUUCUAGAAGUACCGCCUUGCAUGAUCUCAGAAGCAGACUCUACUAUUAGAAAGUGUGUGACACUGACAUGGAACAACACAGGAAAGAUGACGACUAUCAAGAAAAACAGUCAAGAAAAAAGAAUAUGGUUUGCUCUCACAAGACCCUUCUUCCUCCAAGCGUACUCGCAAACGUAA